AUGUCGCAGGAGGCCCUCGCGCUCCUUGAGGGCAACCCAUUCCGGGGAAACCAAAACGCCAGCACCACGUUUGAGAGUGGUCGCGAGGAUGGACUCACAAUUGCCGAGGAGAUAAAGCGUGAUGAUGCCAUGAUGACGAAAGAGCUCUCGGUGCUCUCACGCCGUCCCGAGUCUAAAUUCCUGUCGACACAUACUGUCUCUGUUCGCGGUGACGCCGCCACGUGCCCGCCUUCACGUCGUGUCGAUCGCACGCCAAAAACUGUGGAAAUAAAGGAGAUGCAUAGCACUGGAACAUUCAUCGCCAAAAAGCGGGAGGUGGGCCUCAUGCGUCUUGCGCUCGCCAACAAGGAGGCGGAGAUACGCCAUCUGGAGGGGGAGAUGGAUCGUGUGGAGAAGCGACUUCGCCAGCAGCAGGAACAGCUCGCCAGCACGGAGGAGAAGUUUAACAAUUUCCUCAAGCACAGCAACUUGGAGCAAGAUGCCGCGGUACGCCGUGCAGAGGUGGAGAGCAAGGCUAAACAGGAGCGACUCAUCGAUAUCAAGAAACUCUCCGCUCAGAUCACUCAUGUAGAGCAAGAUAUGCGCAAAACUGAGGCCCAAUUGGAGCUAUGCAUGGAAUAUAAGAACUUCAUGGAUAACCUUACUACGCCCCAGUGGUUCUACGAUGUUCUUUUCGACAUCCGGAUGAAGGACAUUGAUGAAGUGAUUUUGCGUGAGACGGAAGAGACGUACGCACGGCGUUCGCAGGAGGUGACGGAUAAGGCAGUAGAGGCCCAGGCUCUCCGAGAUUCUCUCCUGCAGCGCCGUGCUGAGGCCCUCGAACGUGGUAGUUUCUCAAUGAGGCGGCUGAGCAAGGUGGUGGAGGAUGUUGAAGACGAGGAGCUGGUUGAGUUAGUCCCCCUCGAGAAGCAGUUGGCGCAGCUGCAGGAGGACCUUGCGGCCGAAGCACAGAGACGGCAGGAGGAGGCUGCAGAGCGGGUCAAGCAGGAGGUGCACGCACUGACAGUGGAAGAGGUGCGCGCGGUACUCGACAAUGACUACCCACAGGAACGCAUCCCAAUGUUCUUCGCGGAACCUGAUCAGAUUCUCGACAUAUUCAUCAACGUUGAGGAAGGCAACCUAUUCCUUAUUCAGAACAGCCAGGAACUAGAGGAGGAACUGGAGCGCGUCGCGAUGGAGUUUUACCACGAGCAGGAGGAGAUGACUACAAUGGUGCGGCAGCGUCACACGCAGAUGGAGUCGCUGGCGACGCGCAUUAGAGAAACUCAGCAACGUCUGAGCCAGCUCGAGGAGCGGCUCGCAGACCUGGAGAGCAGCGACAGCCCACGCGUCGGUGGCAACGGCUUAACGGGGGGCGACGGGGCACACAGGCGAAAGGGUGGUGCAAACGCGCGGAAGGACGCCGAUGUGAGUGUGAUGAAGCAGAAUGUACUGAAGAAGCUCAUUGAGCAGGCGGUGGCAGAUAUAUUCCGCUGUAUCCACCACCACGCCGCUGUGCGCCGCCCUGAUGACGGCGACGGCGCAGAUAACCCGCGUCACGCUUUGUUAGGGGUGAAGAAGCCGGCAACGCCGCAGGGCAAGCGGCCGCGGGGCACCACAGGCCAUCCUGCUAAGGGCAAGAAAAAGGACGCGGGAACAACAGCGACAGUGCUUGGCGGCGAAGGAGGUGGCGGCCACACAGACGGCGAGGCAAGUGCCAACAUGGGGCCGGUAGAGAUGCUCACCAUCAUCGAGAACAAAGUGGAUGAGUACCACCGCUACAUCACCAACCCCGAGAACGGCGUCGAGGAGUCACUCAUUAUGAGCGUCAUCAAGGCGCGCGACAAGGAGCGCCGUCGUGAGGCACGCAUGGUGCACUUGGCGAAGCAGUCGACGGAGCGGGAGGAGCGUAACCAACGGGCACUUGAGCGCUCGCAGGCGCCGGUGGUGCGACGUCGCGGGAAGCAGGUCAUGUGGCGCUCACGUCCUCCUGUUGAGACUGUGGAGGGCGCAGAAGCGCGACAAGGCUCCGUCGCUGUAAAAGACGUUGACCAAGACGAGGAGUUCUUCCGCUGA